AUGGAGACUCCCUACCAAAACCACAUAGACAAAAAGGAGUUUGACCAUGUCUAUGAACCAGCCGAAGAUAGCUUCUUACUCAUAGAUGCUAUUGAAAAAGACUUACAGUACCUAAAAGCAAAAAACCCCACAUUUUGUUUAGAAGUUGGCUCGGGCAGUGGUUUAGUGAUCACUGCUUUAGGUAUGGCAUUUCCAGGGACGUUUUGCAUGAGCACAGACAUCAACUAUAAAGCUUGUGUCAUGUCACGAAGUACAGCCAAUCAUAAUAAGGUGAUCUUGGACUCUGUGAAUAUGAAUCUGGUUGAUUCUUUCACUGAUCACAUGUUUGAUGUUAUAUUGUUUAAUCCACCAUAUGUGGUGACCGAAAGUGACGAGUGUGGUGGCAAAGAUAUCACUGCAAGUUGGGCAGGAGGAGUGAAAGGUCGAGAGGUGACCGAUAAACUACUGGAUAUGAUACCAAAGAAGCUAGCACGCAACGGCACAUUUUAUCUUUUGCUGAUAGAAGAAAACAUUCCAGAUGAAGUAGCUGUAAUCAUGGCAGCACUAGGCUUUACUUCAGAGAUAAUUAUAAGGAGAAAAGUUAGAAAUGAACAACAGUUAGUGAUGAAGUUUUGCAGAUAAAACAGUGUUAACAUAAUAAUGUUUUUAUCAUAAGAUUUAAUUGAAAAAUAUACAACAAAUGUUAUAUUUGUAAUAA